AUUUCAUUCGGUUGUGUAGUUUCGUAGUUUUCUGUAGUUUUUCUCACGUACAGCAUAGAAACAUUUCCGGUUUCUAUGACUACGGCAACCCGGAACAGGAAGUGUCGGGGUGUUCGACCGUAGCUCAGGAAAAAAAAAAUGAUUGAACAGAGAUGUGAUUGUUCUUUUUCCGCUUCGACAGCAGUGAAGUCGUGGCUUGUYUCUGCUAGUUGACGGCGACGUCUAAGUGCAUUAGAGGCGUCCAAGAAACGGCAUGUCGUUUCCAACGGAGACGUUGUGUUAUUCGGUGCAUUUCCAGGGUCAGACGAUGCUGAACGGCUAGUCGGCUCGUAGACAAUAUCCUGUGUUGGUGGUAGAGCUCUGGKGUUUCUUUAUAAGAAUUCUCGUUAUCGUGUUUGGGACAUUUCUUUGUGUGUAUCUGGAGAUAUUUGCCUCAAAGCCACACAGCGGCUGUGAAGCUGAAGCUCUUCGGGACGUCUCGGUGUUUGUACUGGUCAGCCACGUCAGCUAUAUUCACUGAUAAACUCAGAGAACAUCUGUUCUCUUUGGUUCCUACGUUUAUUUAGUUGAAAACCGUCGGAGUGACUUCCAAUGACAAUGGCUCCGAUGGGUAUCCGGCUGUCACCGCUCGGUGUGGCGGUGUUUUGCCUGCUGGGAGUCGGUGUCAUCUACCACCUGUAUGCCGGGGUCUUCUCCAACCACCUGUCCUAUUUCAGGCAGAGGAAAAAGGUGGACCUGAGAGAMCUGUUGGCUGUCUCUGUGGAGGCUGCACAACUGGGUGGGAAAGAGGUGAAAAGAGUACGUGAAGAAGACACGCUCAACGAGAAGUCGAAGGGAGAAACAAAGGAAGGAGCUAAAGAGCUUCUGACUAUGGGUGACCUGCAGUCGCACCGGAAGAUGUAUAACCUAAUAAAGAACACAUUUCCUGAAAUCACUGUAUACAGCGAGGAAAGUGACAGCAAGCUAGAUUCGGUAUCCUGGAGCAGGAACAUACCURAUGACAUACUGAAGCUGGAGAAAGGCAGGGAGGUUUCUGCUGAUAGCAUCACUGUGUGGAUUGAUCCUUUGGAUGCUACUCAAGAAUACACAGAGAACAUGGUGGACUAUGUGACCACUAUGGUGUGUGUUGCUCUAGAGGGUAAACCAGUCAUUGGUGUCAUACACCAGCCAUUUACAGGGUUUACUGCCUGGGCAAUGGUAGGUCAGGGAACAAACAUGAAGCAGAGGUCAUCCUACAACCUCAACUCGCCAAAAGUGAUUGUGUCACGGUCACAUUCUGGAGAAGUAAAAAACUUUAUCCAUUCUGCUUUUGGAAACAACACAACAAUAAUCCCAGCAGGUGGCGCAGGAUACAAGGUGCUAUCGCUGUUGAAGAUGCAUUCAGGUCAAACAAAGCCUAUACAUGAAGCAGAUGUUUACAUCCAUAUCACAUACAUUAAGAAAUGGGACAUCUGCGCUGGUGCCGCACUACUGAACGCACUUGGAGGCCACAUGACCACUCUGAAGGGGGAGAACAUCGACUUCAGUGGAACUCCUUUGAACAAAGGAGGACUGGUGGCCAGUGUUGAAGUGGAUCAUAAGGACAUACUGGCCAAACUUCCAAACUGGGACCCUUCAAAGUAGUGAAAGACAACCACAGAACCAUUGGCAGCUCUGGCAUGUUGUGCUGAGGCUUACACGAAGAAGAGAUGAUUAAACAUCAACAUGAUCAGA